CUGCUUUUUUGUCCUUAGCCAAUCACAUGCCUGAAGAACUGAAUUACUAACACAAGAGAAGAUCAUUGAAUAUGAGAGAAACAUGAAGAUCAUCUGGACUUUCACUCUGCUGAUGAUUCCUGGUGUCGUGAGUUCCAUAAGUGUGACAGGAUAUUCAGGCAGAGAAAUCAUCAUCACAUGUAAAUAUGAUAGAGAAUAUACAGCAAAUGAAAAGUAUUUUUGUAAAGGUCAGUGGAGUACGAUUUGCUCUGACCUCAUCAAGACUGAAGAGAAAAAUAAAGCAGCUCAUUCUGGAAGAUUCUCUCUGUAUGACGACACAAGAGCAGCAGUUUUCACUGUGACCAUCAGAGAUCUGAGUGAACAGGAUUCUGGGACGUACCAGUGUGGAGUUGAUAAAUCUGGACAACUAGAUUCCUACACUGAAGUGAAUCUGAACAUUAUAACAGAGACAAACAAUCAUGGAACACAAUCACCAUCAUCAUCAUCUUUCUCAUCAGGCUCUUCUCUGAUCAUCAGUGUGUCUGUGCUUCUGCUUCUGAUCAUCACUGUGAUUCUGUUAGUGAUCGUGACUCUCUGGAGACGCUGAUUCUGCAUCCAAACGUUCUCAUGCGACAAGUAGAAACAGUAAUGCUGCUUCUCACACUGGGGAGAUGAAAGGCACUGACAAACAAUUACCCACAAACCCCUUUGACACGUCUGAACACACUGGUGACUCUCAGAUCUUGAUCACAUCUGCUGAUGAUCUGAAUUACACCGUGGUGAAUUUCCAGAAGAAAGCAGACUGUCCUGACAGUGUCAGUUUGAGGAAUAAUCAGGAUUAUAUUGAAUACGCUGCUGUCAAUCAUCACACUGCCUGACGAGCCACAGCAGAGAAUGUGUGUCAUAAACUGAAGGCCCCGGCGUCAAAUGACACUUGUACUGUUUAAACAGAUCACAUUUA